UGGCUCGGCAGUGAUGCCUUGGCCGCGCCGCUGAACGCACGGACCUGCCACGAUGCUAGUGUUGUUGUUGGUGGUGUUGUCGGCGGCGGUGCACGUGGCGACGCCGUUCAACGUCGACACCGAGUUCGCCACCGUCGUCCGCAACCCGCACGGCGCCGCCGAAAACUACUUCGGCUUCAGCGUCGCCCUCCGAAGGGCCCUGCCCGGCACCGCCUGGAACUCUUGGCUGCUGGUGGGCGCGCCCAGGGCCAACUCGACUUUCCCCCAGCAAGUGAAUCUGCACCAGCCGGGCGCCGUCUUCGAGUGCCGCCUGCACGACGGCGAACUCGAGAACCGCUGCCAGAGCCUCCCUUUCGACACCACAGGUGAGGACCGCGUUUUCCGUCCGAACGGCUUCAGCUACCACCACAAAAAGGAUGAUGCGUGGCUCGGAUCGACGAUCGCCGUCGAGGACGAGCCCAAUGGCAGAACAGUGAUCUGCGGUCCGCGGUGGAUCAACAAGUACUACGAGGACGUGUACCUGAUGAACGGGGUGUGCUAUUGGUACGACCGCGGCAGCUUCAUGACCUCCGCCGCCCAAAUCCUCACGCCACUCAUCGAAAAGAAAAAACAGGCGUACAACACGCCGUCGGACAAACCGGGCGUCCAGGACACCAAGGUCUUCAACUACGCGUACGGCGGCGCUGGAAUCGCCGCAGAAUUCAUCAAAUCGGAAAACAAAUCUGAAUUGAUUAUUGGAGCUCCCGGCGUUUUCGACUGGAAAGGUACCAUAGUCAGGUACAGGUCUCUGGAGGACGAUUCAAAGGAGCAGACCGUCUACGACGACCCCGCAGUGCCCAGCCCGAAAAGCGUGGCCGCAAUUCCUUACCUCGGCUAUUUCGGGUAUUCGGUUGGGGCGGCGCAGUUUUUCCCAGGCGACUCCAAGGCCUACUACGUGUCAGGUGCGCCCAGGGCGGCCGAUUACAAGGGCAAGGUGAUGUUGUACUCGGUACCUGAGUACGACGACGAGGAGCUGAAGGUGCUGUACGAGUUGGAGGGGCAGCAGAUGGGCGAGUAUUUUGGCGCCAGUCUGUGCGUGGCCGACGUGAAUGGCGAUGGCCAACCCGACCUGGUCGUCGGCGCCCCCCAACACUCCCUACCCGCGCAGAGCUCAACCGACCUUUCUCAGGGUGAGGAGGGACGAAUCUAUGUCUUCAUCAACGAACUCGUCUCGCUCAGACAGGGCUCUUUCCGCACAAUGGGCAACAAGUACCAGUUGAUGGGCUCUCAGAAAAGUGGCGCCCGAUUUGGCACGACCGUCGUCUCGCUCGGCGACAUCAAUCUCGACGGCUUCCACGACGUGGCUGUGGGGGCGCCGUACGAGGACGAGGGUCGUGGGGCUGUUUACGUGUACCACGGUCGGCGGUCGGGGCUGGAGGUCAAGUUCGCGCAACGCAUCGCGGCCAGGGAGGUGGACGGGGGGCUGCGCGGGUUCGGGGUGAGCCUGAGCAGGGGCGUCGACGUCGACGGCAACGCCUACCCUGACUUCGCGGUGGGCGCGCACGCGUCCGGCCACGCCGUCCUCUUCCGCUCGCGGCCCGUUGUCGUCUUCAACGGCAACAUCCGGCCCAGCGUCGACCGCAUCGCCUUCAACGCCACCGCCUUCAAGGCCAACGCCUGCCUCUCCUACGUCGGAAAUCACGCCCCCAACUUCAUCGAUGCCAAAAUCACGGUGACCGCCGACCCUGUCUUCAAAAGGGCAGUUUUCGUCACCCCCAGCGGCAAAACCAACUCGUUCACUUUCACCACCAGACUGAAACUGCAGACGCCCGUUUGCCAGGAGCUCAACGUUGAAAUUAUUCAGACUUCGAACCAGGACUUUUCGAAGCCGAUCGACCUGCAGGUGGAGUCCGAGAUCGACAACUCGAAGGUGCGGUCGCGGCGUCAGGUAGGUGGUGGGCGUGGCUUCUGCAAGAGCUGCGCGGUCAUCGACCCGAACAGCCUGGCGGUGGUGCGGGCGCGGGUGCCGUACUCGACGGGCUGCCGCAAGGACGACGUGUGCGAGACGGACCUGAAGGUGGCGGCGACCCUGACGCAGAGCACGCCGGUGGCCAUCGGCUCAGUCAAGCGGCUCGGGGUCACCCUGGAGGUCACCAACGACGGCGAACCCGCCUUCCUUGCCCAGCUCGUCGUCCGCCUGCCACCUGACGCGCCCCUCGCCAGGGUGCCCAAAAACUGCCUCGAGGCCAACGAAAAACUCACCUGCGACAUUGGAAACCCCCUCCCCUCCAAGGCAAAGGCGUCGAUUGAGCUAGAACUGGAGAUGGCCAACAUCGCGCCAGGCACGAAAAGCUUGAGCGUGGCCGUGAACGCGACGAGCGCAGGCGACGACCUGAACCUGGCAGACAACCUGCACAACCUGACCAUUCCGUUGGUCACCGAGGCGGACAUCGCGGUCACAGGAAAAUCGGUUUUGUUGACGUACUUUGUGGACUGGCACAACGAGAGCGCGACCAACGAGGCCAUUUCCCUGGUGCACACCUACGAGGUCACCAACUACGGUCCCAGCCCUGUCGACAGGGUGCACCUGCUCAUGGCCCUGCCCUUCCAGGUCGAGGUCAACAAUCGCCUCGAAACCUUCCUCGAAAUCAAAACGCCAAAGGCGUACUUGGACGGGGAAGAGUUUCUGUGCUCGACGAAGGAGGGUGAGGGGGUGGAGAAGAGGACGAAGAGGGCGGCCAAAGAGGCGGCCACAGGCCACGUGCCGGCCAACCGGACGCUCUUCCUCAACUGCACGCAGGCCAACGUGCGGUGCGUGGUGGUCGAGUGCCUCGUCGGACCCCUCGCCGGCCCCAACACCCCCGCCGUCGUCUCGUUCGCCCUCACCGCCCACAUCAGCAAACUCAGAGGGCUGUUGGGGGAGAAGGACGUGAUUUGGUUUGCGAGCAGCGGAAUGGCGACGCUGGUGGAGGGUUCGAGGGCGACGCAGCCGGCCGACGACCGGCCCGACGGCCACGUGGUGCACACCCUCUUCCUCGGCACCAUCCCCGACAAGGGCGUGCCCACGUGGAUGAUCGCCCUCGCCAUCAUCCUCGGCGUCCUCAUCCUCCUCCUCAUCAUCCUCGCCCUCGUCAAGCUCGGCUUCUUCAGGCGGGACAAAAAGGACGAGUUGGAGGCGCUCAAGAACAAAAAGCUGUUGGAAGACGAGUUUGGACCUGACAUGGACUGAGCAGAAACUCUCCAACUUUGUUUCUAGUCAAGGAACGAGACCAGAGGACGCUUUUGUGAUUCUCAAUUUCAACUUUCGAGUGCCAAUUUUUGUCUGUAAAAGUGCCAAACUGUGAAUCAAUCAGGGGCUCAGCAGCUCCAAAGACAAACCGGAAUCUGUGCAAUUUUGUAAAUAAUUGUAUUACAAGAUAAGUUGUUCAAUUAGCUCGUAAGGCAAUAAGGAAGAUUGUAAUUUUCUAUUUGGAUAUUUUCAUGACGAAACAGAAAUAAAUGAAAUUUUAAAGUGAACAAUUUUUUAUGUU